AUGUGGGAGUGGUACCCACUCUUCCGGGGCUGCGAGGGACUAUCCGAGAAGCCGGGUGUCUUCCGCAGAAUCCGGCCUGCAGAGAAAGUGAGCGAGUUCUGUGAACAGAAGGUGGUGGCAGGCCUCCUACUGAAGCGUAAUAAGUUCCUGUACCACUACAAGAACAUGCGUUGGGCGCGGGGUCGGCAUGAGACCUACCUGUGUUACAUCGUCAAGCGGCGGUACAGCUCCGUCUCCUACGCCAUGGACUUUGGCUACCUGCGCAAUAAAAGCGGAUGCCACGCUGAGAUCCUGUUCCUACGCUACCUGUCUAUCUGGCUGGGGCAUGACCCGAACAGAGCGUUCCGCAUCACCUGGUUCAGCUCAUGGAGCCCCUGCUGCGACUGUUCCCGGCGCACUGCCGACUUCCUGCUUAACCAUCCCAACCUUAGCCUCCGCAUCUUCACAGCCAGACUUUACUUUUGCGAGGAGCGUAACGCGGAGCCAGAGGGUCUGCGGAGGCUGCAGAAAGCAGGAGCGCGACUGGGGGUCAUGAGUUACAAAGAUUAUUUCUAUUGCUGGAACACUUUUGUGGAGACUCGUGAGCGAAGAUUUGAGGCUUGGGACGGACUGCAUGAGAACUCAGUGCGACUGUCUAGAAAACUGAGGCGUAUAUUAGAGCCCCCAUACGACAUGGAAGACUUGCAUGAAGCCUUUGACCUUCUGGGACUCUGAAGACACGAUGCUGCAAAAUCCAAACAAGAAUUUGGAGGGGGUAACAAUCCGGGAAGCAACCUAAGAACAAACAAGAACUCAACAAGUUUUAGUAGAUCUAAAACAGGAUCCAUAAUCAGAACUGAUAGCAAAACAAAACCUGGACCCAGAUCCAAAUUGCUAACACCAAACAAGUGUAGACCAAGUGUCUACAGCUGUAGUCCAAGUCUGUGACCAACAGAAGAGACGAGAAUCACAGGCCGCAGAAAAUUAAACAAAAAUGCAACUUGAUCGAUUCCAGAAUCAGAAAUCUACGUUAAAAUUCAACACAACAAAUUAAUUCAGAUUGAAUCCAGUUGCAGAAUCAACUUGCUUGGAACUUAAAUCUCCAUGCAAACCAAGAAAGAAACUGGACCAGGUCUUGUACCAUAUUCCUCAACCAGUGGCGCCAAGAGAGGGGGGGGAGAGGGUACAAAUUACCUGGGCCAAGGUCUGAUAGAAGGUCCCAAUGAGAGCCUAGGUCCACACCUCCUGUAAUUAGGCCAUGCCCCCUUAAAAGUACUAGGCCCAGCCAGGCUCUCUACUGCCCUGGCUGGGAGGCAUGCCAUGCACCUGUGAGUGGGUGCUUCUCAUGUGCUAGACACACCCUCAAAGAGGUGUGGCCAUGCCCCCAGCAUGCUGUGGUCACACCCCCUCCAGGGAGGGGGGGGGGGCAGGAAGUUGUUGUACCGGGGCCCAGGAUUUCUCUUGGCAGCCCUGUCCUCAACACUGAGACCAGAUGCAAAAUGAAGCAACGCUGGAUAAACACACCAUAUGCGACUUGCAAUAGACCGCUUGCACAAUGAAAAGUAUAAAGUCCAGUUUCAAACCCCUUAGAAAAAAACAUAGCACUGAUACUUGUACAUAGCUAUUUAUAACUACAUUUUAGCAUUAAGGGUGGAAUUCAAUUGCUUUUCCGCCGACAGCCACUAGAUGGUGCCCAAACGGAGCUAUUCAAUUGUAGCUCCAUUCGGGCGCGAUGGCUGCAUUUCAGCUGAGCUAGGGCGCAGUAAUCAAUAGAAUUCCGCCCAAAGUGUUACAUUGUUACAUACCUCUUUCUGUAGAGUUUGCUCUUUGGAACCAUGCCAUGUUUUCCUCUCUCUGCUCUAUAUUCUCUGCUUCUUUCACAAUCUCUAGUUUUUGUCCUAGAGUAGGCCUGGCCAACCGGUGGCUCUCCAGCUGUUGAGAAACUACAAAUCCCAGCAUGCCCUGACACAUUAUUACU